AUGGCUUCACGCCUCCUCGUCCCACGCAUCUCCUCCGCGGCCAGAACACUCCGAUCCUCCCCUCCCUUGGUUUCGAGAUCGUUCCAGACGACAAGCAGACGCUUCCAAGAGGCUGCAGCGGCGCCUGUGAAGAAGCCGAUUGGAGCUUUCAGAGGAGGACUGUUCGGCUUCCUUCUCGGCUCGACUCUAGCAGGAGCAUCAGUUUACUACUACAUCCUCGAAGAAUACAAGGUCUCCAAUGAGCUCUUGACCGAAGAUAUCUAC